AUGAAUACACAAACAAGAAAAGUGACCAGUCGUGGUCGUGUGGUAACGAAUCCAAAACGAUUUACACCAUCAAGUCUAUCACCACCACAACCAACGAACCAGCCGCUGAAAGCUCUCAAUGUGAUUCGUCAUGUGCAACCGGGCAAACGGCCGAUGGGAACUAAUCGAGUUCGUUCACGAUUGUCAUCAAUCGAAAAUCAAAUGAAUAUCGACGAUGAUGAUGAUAGUGACGAAGCCGACGAUGAUCAACCACCAAAGAAAAUUCCAAGAACCAUUUCACGAUCGCAAUUUGAUGAGCUGGAGGAUAAUGAAGUAGAAUCAUCACAAGAAAGUAUGACAAAUGAUAGUUGUCAAUCGGAUGAAGAAGAAACAACAGCUAUUGAGAAUAACACAGCAUCACGAAUAAAUUAUGAAUCAACACCUGUCAAUUCGGGACAUAAUUUGUAUAAAUUGAUUGGAAAAGAUAUUAGUGAUUUUUCUGCGAAAUUAAAUUACUUAUUAGAUACACAUAUGGAAAGAUUGGAGAAACGUCUCAAUCGACUUGCUGCAUCAUGUCUUUCUAUUAAAACAACAUCAAUUGAACAGUUUAGAUCAUCUUCAAAUGAAGAGUUUGAAUCAGCUGUUGAUCAUGAAGGUUUUAAUCUAUUGCAAAUUUAUGCUAAAGAUUAUGGAGAAUAUGCCCGUCAAGUUCUUCGAGUAUUAUAUAAACCUGACGAGUUGACAUCAUCGAUAUUACCAUCAUCAUGCAAUCAUUUUUCUCGUAAACAAUUGGAUAAUGAAAGGUUCCGAAAAUUUCACAGAGCCGUUCGUAACAAAUAUCGAAUAAGCAGGUCAGCAUAUGAUGAAUUUUUUAAUGUAUGCUUGCGCCGUAAAUUGGUAAAUUUUCUGUGCUACGAGAGAAAGAGAUUUAACAAGAAGCAAAAGAUAUAUGAACAAGAACAGCAAAUAUUGAAUAAUAAUGAUGGUAAUACGAAUCCCACACCACCAAAUGACAACAACGAAUGA